AUGUCCAAUGUCGAUAUAUCCAAUGAUGGCCUGAUUGGCGUCGAGUACGACUCCAGAGGCUAUCUUCAGCAUCAAUCAUGGCCUAUAACGUUAGAUCAAGCGCCCCAACGGUCAGAAGAGGUCCAUGGUCUUUCCCCAUUGCAAACUGGCGGUCACCCUCUAGAACAGUCGGUGACUCAGGACCCAAAUCUCAUGGUGGAUUGGCACUUUCAACCGCUACACACCCCUCAUCACCACCAUCACCUCUCAUAUUCCUCCGAAGACCCCUCCUCGGCGUCCCAGUAUUCCACUAGUUAUGGCAUGCCCAUGCAGUCUUCCCCCGUCGAUCUCAUGUCGGCCCAGGGCCAGAUGAGCGCCGGCUUGCUCGAUGGUCCUUAUCUGCCGAUGUCUGCGCCAGUCGACAUGGUCCCCUUCUCGUAUCAGGACUUCCAGACGGAUUUGAUGACGUUCCCCAACGGACUUCCGGAAGUUUAUGCCCCUCACUCCGUUCUUGAAAGCAGCUCGCCCACCGAUACUUAUCUGGAAGUCCGUUCUCUGUCCAGCAGCGACAACGGUUGGAGUACUAUCGACCACCGUCGCUCUCUCGAUUUUGGUUUUCCCGAACAAGGUGUUUUCGUCAACCCUACCCAGACACUGCACGAUCGCAGUCUUUCAGAGUCAUCUUACUCCACAUCAUACGGCAGCUUUGUGGAUAUCACAAAUCCGAUCGUCAGCCCCAUCGGCAUGGUGCGACCCAUCCCGGUCCCGCUCAAGAAAUCAACGUCCCCGGCCCGAUCAGCUGGAUCUUCGCAAGUAUCUGCCUCACCGCCGAGCCGCAAACCGUCCCGCAAGAGCCCCAUUGCCGCCAAGACCGCCGAGACCAAGGUUCGCAAGCAGUCCCAAACCGGCAAGCCCGAGACCGAAAAGCGUGUUGGCAAGAGAAAGGGUCCCCUCAAGCCCGACCAGCGCCGACAGGCCAGCGAGAUACGGAAGUUGCGCGCGUGUCUGCGCUGCAAGUUCCUCAAGAAGACGUGUGACAAGGGCGAGCCUUGUGCAGGAUGUCAACCGUCGCACGCCCGGUUAUGGCAGGUGCCAUGUACUCGCAUUGAUAUCAAGGAAAUUGGGUAUUUCAUGAAGGACUGGAAGGCAGAUUACGAGCGCCACAUCACUAUGGGCUUCUCUGUCGGUAACAUUACUGGAUUCUCGGACCAAGAACGCACCCUGUUCAUCACCCACGGUUACGGACAGAUCCUGCCCAUCAAUGCUCGCGAGGUCUAUGUCCGGGACGAGCAGUGCUUCACCGUUGACUGGAUCGAGUCGAUGCACCGGGAUCCAACACAAUACGAGGUCGAGACUGCCAAACUCUCCGCUGGUAUGGAGGGCAUCUCGCACGCGAUGCUGUCUGAUUACCUUGACCGCCACAUCGACGGCAAUGGCACCUUUGAGAAGUUUGUCGAUGAUUACUUCGAGGGCACUCCUUUCCUGACGCAAAUGCUGAAGACCGCUUUCCGCUUCUACUUCCGCACUAAGCUGCCCGUUAUCCGGAAGGCACUCAAGCUGGUGGUUGCUUACAACCUUACCAUGCAUGUCACCAUGGUCGAAGGCAUUGGUGAGGAGGAAGGCUUCCUCGGCAAGAUCGAGAACAUGGGCUCCAAGUUCUCCGGCAAGACCAUGGCCCCCGUCAUGAUCAACUUCCAGAUUAAAUGUGCCAUGGCUAGCAUGUGGCGUGAGCUGCAGAAGGAUGUGCUGGAGGAGCUGUCAGCACUCUAUUCAAGUGUGUACAGCGGCGACAAGCUGAAGAACUGGCCGACAAUCUUCAUCUUGGCCUCCAUUCUGCUGGCCGUGUGGGAGGAGAUGCAGUUCGACAGCCACUACCGCACACCAGACGCGGCUGCCGUCGACAAGUUCUGCACCGACAUGGAAACCACCCCGGUGGGCGUCAUUGUCGGACUGUUCCAGGCCAUCUCACAGAAGCUGCCCCCGUUCACCGAGUGGGAUUCACAAAAGCACCACCAGCUGUUGUACUCCAACCCGGAUGUUUGCAACACCAUGACUGAAGUCCGCCAACAUGUCGAGCAACAUGAAACCUACCUUCGCAGCCGCACCGGCACGAAAUUCAACCGUGGCGACUUCGACUGCCUUUCAAAUAAAUUUGUGUCGCGACUGGUCAUUCGCGCCAACUAG